AUGCAGGCGGCCUUGCGGCGGCUCGGCAGGACGCGCUGGGCCCUGCGCGCUCCUGAGGUGGUUCCGCGGCCCCGCUGCGCCGGGCCGGGCUCCGUCCCGGCCCUGCGGUGCUGGAGCUGCGGCAGCCCCCUCCCUGGAGCUGAGGGCCCGCCCCGCUUCUGCCCCGGCUGCCAGGCCCUGCAGCCGCCGGACCAGCGGCCGGACCUCUUCCGCCUGAUGGACUGUGACCGCUCCUUCCGCGUCGAUGCGCAGCAGCUGCAGCGGCGGUUCCGGAGCCUGCAGCUCGCCGUCCACCCCGAUCGCUUCGGCCAGAGGCCGCCAAAAGAGCGGCAUUUCUCCGAGCAGCACUCCUCCUUGAUCAACAAGGCCUACCAGACCCUCCUGAACCCUCUCAACCGUGGCCUCUAUCUACUGGAGCUGCAUGGAGUAGAGCUGGCACAGGAGACAGACUAUGAUGCAGACUCAGUGUUUCUUACGGAAAUCAUGGAAAUUAAUGAGAAAUUAGCAGAAUCUGAAAAUGAGGAUAGCCUCCAAGAAAUUGAAACUUUAAUUAAAGCUAAACAAGAGGAGCUGACCAAAGAGGUGACUGCAGCGUUUGAAAGAGGUGACCUUCAAGAAGCUAAGAAGCUUCUAGCCAAAAUGAAAUAUUUUGCAAACUUAGAGGAUAAACUAAAGCAGAAGAAGAUCCCUUCCUGAUACUGCUUCCUUUACCAUUCAGAGUUAAUGUUAUUUUCAAUUAAACAGCUGAUUUCCCUAA